CUUAUCUUACAGCCACCGGGCGCACCGUACAGCGUACCAUCCUGACUGAAUACCUCUGCAGCUGUUCAUUCUAGCUGUAGUGAUCCCGCAGACAAGUCUUCGUGGGCAUUUGAUAUCCACAUUUGAUAUCCACAUUUGAUAUCCACACGAAAAUGUCCGACCCAGCUGACCCGUUCGAGAAUUUUGCAGGAAAACUUCUCAUGCUUUGCGAUGGACAAAGCGCCUGAGUUAAUCAAACUCGUCCUGGAGUAUUACAAGCCGAGCAAGGAAUACGAGAAACUUGCACAGGAGAUAUGCACCCUUCGGGGGGUACAAGAGAGGACUUCAGAGACCAUCAAUACCCUUACUAAGAGCCAAGACAAAUUGAGCCAACGAUUCCAGCUGCUGGCAGAACUGACGACAGCGCAAGAUGACCUGCCUUCAGGGUAUGGGCGACGCCUGCAAGAUCACGUUCACGGCCUUUGGUGUCUAGAGGGCCUCCACCAGGACCUCGACGUCCGUGUGGAGAAGGCAAGGCGUCGUUUUCUGCAUCUGUCUCUUCGUUCGUCUAAUUCCUUCCUCUUGUCUUUUUCUUUGUGUUGGUUUCUAGGUAUACGGUAUAUACAAUCAAACAAAUACAAUUCAAGAAACAAACAGGCACAUGUAUAUUAUAAUACAUGCGUGUUAAUAGCUACUUUCUUUUCUUCUAGGGAAAUGUUUAUUGAUCAGAUCAGCAUUAUGAGGACAGAUCUGAAAACCAGGCAAUGUUCAUUUAUAAACAUUUACAGCAACUUUAUAUGGUUUGCAUCUUCAGGUGGCAGGUGCAGGCAAGGUCACAUGGCGAGCGAGGUCGUCGUUGUCUUGAUCACGGGAGUACUGGAGAACUUCCGGGAGAACUGA